GUAUGCAUAUUCACAUACAGCUGAUACCUGUCACCAGAGUUGAACAAUGUUUAUAGUUCUGAGUCCUUAGUCAGAGCUUCUAUCGUGAGUGUUCAAACUGUUAUCAAGAAAGGUUUACAUGAUUAGACAACCGUUUAUACGAUGACGAAUGUUUUCAGCUUUAUUAAAUACAGGUUGUUGUAAACAAAGGUGAUCGAAAUGGACAGCUUGUUUACGCAAAACUUAUCUGAUGAACCUGAUGAUGUUCCACAUACUCAAGACCCUGUAUGGAUCCUCGGAAAAAAAUACAAUGCCAUAAAAGAACUUGAUGCUAUUCGGCGUGAUAUAAAGUCCAAAUUAUGGUUCACUUAUCGUAAGGGUUUCGUGCCUAUUGGAGGUUCUAGCUCCAGUUUUACAUCUGACAAGGGAUGGGGCUGCAUGCUAAGAUGCGGACAGAUGGUUUUAGGACAGGCAUUAGUUUGUUUACAUUUAGGAAGAGAUUGGCUCUGGACCCCUGAAACUAAAGACAGCACGUAUCUAAAAAUAUUGAAUAGAUUUGAAGAUCGUAGAGCUGCUCCUUUUUCUAUUCAUCAAAUUGCUGUGAUGGGGGCAUCCGAAGGUAAAGAAGUUGGCCAGUGGUUUGGACCUAAUACAAUAGCACAGGUUUUAAAGAAGCUCGUUGUCUACGACGACUGGAGUUCGAUAACGAUACACGUAGCCCUAGAUAACACAAUAAUUGUUAAUGACAUUAUGAGACAGUGUAAAAUAGAAGGUGGAACAACUGUAGAAGUAGAUGGUAAAAUGCCUUUGAAAGCACCUAGUGAAUGGAAACCAUUAUUGUUAAUCGUUCCUCUAAGACUUGGCCUGAGUGAGAUUAAUCCAGUGUAUGUUAACGGCCUUAAGACUUCUUUCCAAAUCGAACAAUCCCUUGGUGUUAUUGGUGGUAAACCAAAUUUGGCUCUGUAUUUCAUUGGCUGCGUUGGUGAUGAAGUUAUUUUCCUUGAUCCACAUACGACGCAGAGAUCUGGUUCUGUCGACCAAAAAUCUGAGGAAGGCGAGAUGGAAACAGACACAACUUAUCACUGUAGAUCCGCUAGCCGCAUUCCUAUAACUGGAAUAGAUCCUUCGGUUGCUCUGUGCUUCUUCUGUGCAACAGAGGAAGACUUCAAAUCGUUAUGCAAAUCGAUACAGGAUGAGUUGAUUAAUCCAGAGAAACAACCACUAUUUGAAUUAUGCUCAGAAAAACCUGCCGAUUGGUCUCCAGUGGAUGAUUACACAGCUGAAGCAGCAGGGGCUACAGCUUCAGGGAUACUGGAAUUUGAAAAUCUUGACCGUCAAUACGAUGCUUCGGACGAAGAGUUUGAAUUUCUUGGUUAAGUAGAAUUGCACUAUUCUACAAAUGCUUAAUUGAGAAGGGAGUAUAAAUAUCGCACAUACAAGAUCGUCUCUGUACAUUUGACUUCAAUAAAAAUAAAAUUUAUCUGAAAUUAUUUAAGGUAAGCCUUAGUGUAGCUAGCUAGUUGAAGAAUAAAAUAUUAAAAUGAAAACAGACUUUGUUUAAGAAAUCUUCAUAAGUUAUUAAAUGUUUAUAUCAAUUACUUGUCAUAUGGUACUGGAGCUUUUCACGUGGUCUUCAUAGCUAUAAAUUUUCUUUUCAAUAAAAUUUUGAAUAUAGGCAGGGGCUUUAGUAAGUCUAAUCUUAAGUGGAGGAGUUGGGUAGAUGGGAACAAAUAAAUUCUCGUAACUCGAUCUUUUAAAAAUAUACGUAACGUUUAAUAGCCAGGUGCACGAUGCUACCAAUCAAAGCAAACUUUCCACAUUGCCAAAAUUGCGAUUACGAUACCAGACAUUUUACAAUUUACUGUUAAUAUAUAUUAAAAGAAUGAGCAACAUUUCGCAGUACCUUAGACGUGGAGUCUUUUAGAGUAAAAUACUCUUUUACAAGUAUUACUUGUUGCAAGAAAAAAGUUGAAAGAAAUACAGAGAGAUGGUUUUGAAAAUGCAACAAUUAUAUAAUAAAUAUGUGUGAAAAUUUUACUGCUAUAGACUCUAAUUAAGUUUUUUUUAGACUUUGUAAAUUUGAUAGAUAUUCGAAUAAAUUUCAUUUGUCGAUCAAUAUGGUUGGUUGACAUGUCUUACCCUAAUUACUUGAGGAUGACGGAAAUUUUAUAAAUUUGGCACACGCGAUGUGUUA